AACCGAGCAAAACCCCUCCCCCAAUACAUUUUUCCCCUUUCUUACGACACAAGCUUAUAAUUGUAGAUACAUUCAUUUCUCUCCCAACUCCGAGAACCUCGUCCCCGAUCUCAGUCGCCCAUGUCGAUCUUCGAGUACAACGGGAGCGCCCUCGUGGCGAUGGUGGGGAAGAACUGCUUCGCCAUCGCCAGCGAUCGCCGCCUCGGCGUGCAGCUUCAGACCAUCGCAACCGAUUUCCAGAGGGUCUACAAGAUCCACGACAAGCUCUACGUCGGCCUCUCCGGCCUCGCCACCGACGCGCAAACCCUGUACGAGAGGCUUGUGUUCCGGCAUAAGCUGUAUCAGCUUCGAGAAGAGAGGGACAUGAAACCGGAGACUUUCGCUAGCCUUGUCUCUGCUUUGCUAUAUGAGAAGAGAUUCGGCCCGUACUUCUGCCAACCGGUAAUUGCUGGGUUAGGAGAUGAUGAUGUACCCUUCAUUUGUACUAUGGAUUGCCUCGGUGCCAAGGAGCUUGCCAAAGACUUUGUUGUUUCUGGUACAGCCUCGGAAUCCCUGUAUGGUGCUUGCGAAUCCAUGUACAAGCCUAACAUGGAACCUGACGAGUUGUUUGAGACUAUAUCGCAAGCACUGUUAGCAUCUGUGGAUCGUGAUUGCUUGAGUGGCUGGGGAGGCUAUGUUCUUCUCGUAACACCGACUGAAGUGCAGGAGAAAAUACUGAAGGGAAGGAUGGACUGAAUCUCCUCCUGUUUAGGAUACGAAGAGUAGUGAAAAUUGAUCACCCUUCAAACUAUGCUGUUUUCCUACAGUUUUUCGACGUUAAUUGCUGUUUUUUCUGUGACGGAACAAACUACAAAGUACAUUUAGUGAUUGCUUUCUCCGUAUGUAUGGGUUGUUCGCUUGAUUACAACUGAUUUCAGAAAGAAUAUUUAUAGAUUUCGAAUGGAUUCUCUAA